UCCUGUGCAGUGCACCUUUGGUCUACUACCUAGUAACCUAUUCACUGACGGGCACGGCUGGACCGUGUGGAAGUUUAAAAGGAAUCGCAGCCACAGCAAAAUAUGCUUAUUCGACAAGUGAAACGUGUACUAAUCGCUGCCACAUCUGUUUGCAGCAAUUCGACAGCUAAUAGCAGCAGCAUUCGUAGCGUACGUCCAAUCUCCGCAUACAGGCAGUACAGCAGCUUGCUGCGGCCGGAAGUCGUUUCCUAUCAACACCAACAGCAAAGGUCAGCGGUGCUCCCGGAAGUAACCAGAAGGUUUUAUUGCCACUCAUCGGUAUCAGCAGUUUUAGUGGACAAGGAGAGCAACGAGGACUUCGAAAUGGCUCCGCGAUUUGAACGUGACGACUACAAAAAGGACUCGUACCGUGGCGUGAAGCGCUCGGGUGCAGAAUUCAAGCGCACUGGCGGUGGAUUCCGCGGUGGUGCAGGAGGUGGUGGCGGCGGUGGCCGGUUUGGCGGUAAUUCGUCGGGCGGUGGCCGCGAUAAGUGGUCAAUGGACGGAAAGCAACUGCAAAAAAUUAAUUGGAGCAAAAUGCAGUUGGUUCCGUUUAAGAAGGACUUCUACCAUGAACAUCCGGUUAUUAAAAAUCGUUCGCAGCGUGAUGUCGAGCGUUUCCAUGAGAAGCACGAUAUUACCUUGAUUGGCAACUGUCCGAAGCCAAUCACCGAGUUCGACGAAAUUGACAUGCCAGACUAUGUGGUGAACGAAAUCGAAAAGCAAGGGUAUCAGAGACCGACGCCCAUCCAGGCUCAAGGAUGGCCUAUUGCUUUGAGUGGUCUAAACAUGGUCGGUGUGGCGAAGACCGGUUCUGGUAAAACAUUGGGCUAUAUGCUGCCCGCCAUUAUCCACAUUAAUCAUCAAAAACCUGACCCGAGCAUUCGCGGUCCGUUAGUCCUGGUUCUGGCGCCAACCCGUGAGUUGGCCCAGCAGAUCCAACAGGUAGCAACCGAUUUUGGCUCAUCGUCGUACAUUAGAAACACUUGUUUAUUCGGAGGUUCCAGCAAGGGACCACAGGCAAGUGAUCUUCGCCGCGGAGUUGAAAUCGUAAUUGCCACUCCAGGUCGUUUGAUCGAUUUUCUCGAAUCUGGAACCACAACGUUACAACGCGUCACCUAUCUGGUGUUGGACGAAGCCGAUCGUAUGCUGGACAUGGGCUUCGAGCCUCAGAUCCGCAAGAUUCUAGAGCAAAUUCGUCCGGAUAGGCAAAUUCUGAUGUGGUCCGCUACCUGGCCGAAGGAGGUACAACGGCUAGCGCGAGACUAUCUCGGCGAGUACGUCCAGAUCAACGUUGGAUCUUUGGAGCUGUCUGCUAAUCACAACAUUACCCAGCACGUGAAAGUAAUCGAGGAGCACGAGAAGAAUCAAGAACUUGGAAAACUUCUAGACAGUUUAUACGCUCGGGGUAAUCCCGGUAAGAUUUUGGUUUUCACCACGACGAAGCGCAAGUGUGAUCAAAUUUCGAACUAUUUGCGCCGCUUCGGACAAGAUUCGGUUGGCAUGCAUGGCGACAAAAGCCAACAGGAACGUGAACGUGCAUUGAAUCGGUUCCGUAACUCCAACAGCUGCAUCUUGGUUGCCACCGAUGUGGCCGCCCGUGGUCUCGACGUUGACGGAAUCAAGGUGGUCAUCAACUACGACUAUCCACAGCAGACGGAAGAUUACGUGCACCGGAUCGGGCGUACCGGUCGUUCUAACGCAACCGGCGAAGCGUACACCUUCUUCACUUCUAAUGAACGAAAAAUGGCCAAGGAGCUGGUUGCGGUACUGGAGGAAGCCAAGCAGACCAUCCCACCGGAGUUGUUGAAGUGGCGCCACAUUGGCGGUGGAGGUUUCAGCCGAUACGGCGGCGGCGGCGGUGGUGGAAACCGUUUUGGAACAUUCAAGGGUGGACGAGGGGGUGACUUCGGUCGGGGUGGUAACGAUCGAUUCGACAAGGGAGGAGCUAAGGGAUCGUAUGGCGGCGGAAGCUACGGCGGUUCAUCGAACGGCUUUGGAGGAUCAUCUAAUGGCUAUGGAGCAUCAUCUAAUAGCUAUGGAGCAUCAUCUGCCGGCGGUUACGGAGGUGCAUCAUCGUCAAACGGAUACGGUUCCAGUGAUUUCCGAAAUGGUGCGAGCAGUAGUACAAAGCACAUCAAGUUUGACAACUAAACUUGCCGUAGUAGUAUCUCUAUCCGCGAAUAGAUUUAACUCACCGUCUAUUAUCUCUUAGCCACUAAGAUAUAGGUACUCUAUUUAAUUUAAACACAACCAAUCAGAACCGGAGUAUUGAUUUUAAUCAUUUAUGCUAAGGCAAAGUACAUAGUUUACGUUCAUUUUAUACACCAGCACAUUCAAGAAUUGAUGUAGAAACACACAAAAGGUAAAUUUUUGCCCUCCGAAACCGAGUAAGAAGUAGUAAUCUUAUGCGUUGAUAAUCCGGUAAGUCGAAAACGAAGGAAGCUAAAUGAACUUAAAACUUUUAUUACUGUGAUAUACCCUCCCUUGUGUAUCACUUCAAGCGAAUCGGUUUUGCAUUAAGUUAAUUCUAUUAGUUUUGAAAUGGCAAUCGCGCAUUAACCAAAAAACAAAAAAAUAAGUUAAAAGCAACUAUCGUUAGAGGAAAAACCAUUUGCAGUUUUGGAUCAUCUGUCCCGGACCGGGUGACAUUCCCCCUUGCGUUGAUUUGUGUACGGUUCAUCAAUAAGAGAUGGAUAUCAAAAAAGUAAAAACGAAAUAAAAGAAAAUCAACCAGCCACUUCACAAUAAAUAACGGAACUUUU